ACACUGUAGAUCAAGUUUGAUCUUUUUUUCUACACUUUGGAAGUCCAGAAAAAAUGCCCGCAGCCACUUGAAUGAAUGAGUUGUGUUGUAGGAAGUUUAUUAUUUUACAGAAGACUUUCAAACGUUAAGUGCGCAAUUUAGGAUCUUUUUCCCCUUUUUACAGUGGCAUUUGUGUAGCCUUGUCAGGAUGCUGGCCUUAAUAGUUGGACUGUUGUAUCUGGUCGCUGGACAUGCGGUGCGAAGCCAGGAUGCUACAGGUAGCCGCUUUGUAUGUAACGCUAUUCCUCCGGGCGCAGAGCCCGGCUGCGGGUAUGGUCCUACGGGGAACCGUGUUCAGAGCAGCAGCCCUGUGGAGGACGAGCUUCGGAAUACGAUCAUCCAGCUUCGGGAGACCAUCCUGCAGCAGAAGGAAACCAUCGUGAGCCAGCAGGGAACCAUCAAGGAGCUCAACUCUAAGCUUGCGCGCUGUGAGGCGGCAGCCGACGAGUCGUCGCAGGGCAAGUCCCGAGGUCAGGGCUCCAGACGGAAGGAGUACGGCAAGAACACCAUGGGGGACUUGCCCCGGGACCCUGGUGAAACUAUAGACCAACUGGGCAAGACCAUGCAGAGUCUUAAAGGUCGGCUGGAGAACUUGGAGCAGCAGAGUUUGCGUCUCCCUAUCACAAAUGUGUCAACUGCUGGUGUCACGGCCCUGACUCCCCUGCCACCAGAGCUCAGGGAGCUGCUGAGGCAACGUCUGGGGGCGCUGGAGACCCAACUCCUCCGGAAGGUGGCUGAGCUGGAGGAGGAGAAGAGUCAGCUCUACAAUGAAACAGCAGCCCACCGCCAACGCACUGAGAGUGCGCUCAAUUCCCUCCUGGAGAGGAUCACAGAGCUUGAAAAAAAUAAUAAUGCCUUCAAGUCACCUGAGGAUUUCAAGGUGUCCCUUCCUCUCCGUACAAACUACCUGUAUGGCCGCAUCAAGAAGAGCCUCCCAGAGAUGUAUGCCUUCACUGUCUGCAUGUGGCUCAAGUCCAGUGCUAGUCCUGGAAUAGGAACCCCAUUUUCUUAUGGUGUUCCAGGCCAGGCCAAUGAGAUAGUCCUCAUCGAAUGGGGGAACAAUCCCAUUGAGCUACUUGUUAAUGAUAAGGUGGCCCAGCUCCCUCUGUCAGUGAGUGAUGGGCGCUGGCACCAUAUUUGCAUCACCUGGACAACUAGAGAUGGUUUCUGGGAGGCUUACCAGGAUGGCGAGCGUUUGGGCACUGGGGACAACCUGGCCCCCUGGCACCCAAUUAAACCUGGAGGGGUGAUCAUCCUGGGCCAGGAGCAGGACAUCGUGGGAGGACGUUUCGAUGCCACCCAGGCUUUUGUGGGUGAGCUGAGCCAGUUCAACAUGUGGGACCGAGUACUGCGGCCCGUGGACAUCAUGGGUCUGGCCAACUGCUCAGCCUACAUGCCAGGAAACGUGGUUCCUUGGAUUGAUGCGAACGUGGAAGUGUUUGGAGGUGCAACUAAGGCUGCUCUGGAAAUCUGUGAAGAUCGUGCUUUUGAUUCCUAAAGGAUCCAAUGUAGGAAAACCAGUAUGGCCUCUGGUCUCUGAAAGCUAAGUAUUCUGACUGGUGCUUCUGUCAAAUUCCAAAGGCAAGGGCACCAGCACAACAUUUUUAUGUAUUUAUGUGGUCUGACUGCAUAGUCUCAAAGACUCUUGGAAACACAGCUUCAUGUGUCCAUUAAAUCUGAACCCUUAAGACAUUAGAGGAGAGCUCGAAAUAGUUUGCUUAUCUGACGAAGACGUGCUGUUGCAUCAGUCUGCUGUAAUGAUAUGAGCUGCUGUCAUUUUGUGUUUUCUCCUCAGUAGAUCAACUUUUAUUCGACUCCUCUUUGAAAACAGCUCAUCUUGGUUGCAUUCCUUAUAACGACAAUGCUGCACUGUAUUCGUAGUCAAUGUGAGCUCAAACAGGCUUUGAUGUGCUGUGGAAAACUAUUCCUAAGUAACAUGGCAGAGCACUACAUGCUGUGAGCUUCCUUGCUGUUUGAAGAACAAUGAAACAGAGAAGCAAGGAGUGAGGUGAAAUGAGGUGGACGCUCAUGAGUUCAAAGUGGGCAAGAACAACCCUCGCUGUUGAUUAUUUUGAGGUAUUCCAACAUGGCAGACUGUCUAAAUAUUAUGCAUGAGCCUGAGCAGUGGAUGGAAGUCAGUUCACAAGUGGCAGUGCAUGCUUUCUGUUAAUACAUGCGGUGUGCGGGGUGUGUCUAAACAAGUCAAUGCCGCUUUCUGACAACAUUACAUAAGUCAGUGUGUGUAUGUUGAUGUGCGUAAGGCUUGUCUUGCGUGUAAAACGACUGGAGAUUAUGAGGAAUGGAGGACAUUUUCAUUCUUGUAAAUCUACGCUUAAUACCUCACUGCCCCUUGAGCAGCUGCCAUAUCCCAAACAGCUUUAUGGAUGGGUUGGCUUUGCUCAGGUUAAUAGCAAUGUCGGACAGCUGCCCAGGACUGGCGAAUCGGCUGAGCUGUGGAUGCCAGCAGAGUGCUCAGUGAGGGCAGAGACUGGGUUUGACCUUCAAGGACAAUCCUUAAUUCCUCAUCUGGGUAGUAAUUAUGUGUGUUAAUGAUUGAGUGUGCUGGUGAGCAGCCCUGGUCCACUGGUGUUUCUCUAAGCUGAGUAGUUCACAGCUGAUAAAAUAUUGAGAUGUAAAGUGGGAGUCAAAUGAGAGCAGCACUCUGUGGGUGUAGCUGUCAGGUGGAGUUUGGUCUUAAUUGCUUCAAACUGAGUAAGAAAAAAGUUUCAAUAGAUGGCUAUGUUAUAUUUUUAAAAAACUAUAUAUAGGAAACUGAUGGAUCUUGUCACUGCUUGGUGAAUACAAGCUUUUAUGCUUUUUGCAGCUUAAUAAUUGUUACUUCUUAAUGUUGUGGUGGACAUUUGUUUCAAACUGCUUGAUUUGAUUCCUAUAAGGACGCAGAUGUAAGAGAGACUUUGUUAACACCUCUAGACUUUCUGUAAUUCUCCCUGUGGACUUUUCCUGACAGAGUAGAUGCUAGUAUAAAAGCCAUUAAAAAGCUUCCAUCCACAGCUGAAACAACCAGGAUGCAGUAGAUAACUGGACAGCACAGAAUGUUGCAGAAGUGAAGGUGCACACUUAAUAGCAUAAACAUAAAAGACUUGUGAACAUUUUGUGAUUGUUCCUCUCUUCGGUGUCUUUGUUAACAAUGUUUUAAUGUAAAAUCAAGAAAUUGGAUUCCUGCAAAGUGUAUUUUUCUUGCUAUUUCUGCUCAUGAUUUUUGUCCAUUAGCAGCACAUUAUCUCAAAAAAAAAAAAAAAAAGAUGAGAAAAAAAAGUUUUUUAAAAUGGUGAAAAUGGCCUUUUGUGAGAACCAUAUGUGCUUUUUCUUGUGAAGUUUUGGUCAAGCUUUUAUGGCGCAAUUCAGCAGCACAGACAACGAGGGACACAAGAAAAUGCAAAAUGUGUUUGCUGUUAAUGUUUUAAAGUCUUCUUUGUGUGUAGCACCAGUUUUAGUCGUGCACUUUUCUGCAGUGCGGUCGAAUGUCCUCUUGCACCCAAUAAGAGUGAACAAGUUCCUGAGACAUGAUAAAUAAAGCAGCAACUUAAUGAUGUGAUGGAACAAGUGAACAUAUGCUUGAACAGUCGAAGCAUGUUUUAUUAAAAUAUCAUUGCGUUGCAUUAGUGAUGAUGUCAGAGAGGAGUGUAACCCUGCCACGGUCAUGCUCUAUUCUUCACUGCUAUUUCUAAAUAAGGAAACAUUGCUUCAAUCAUUGAGGAAGAUUAAAAAAAAAAAAGUUCUAUUUUUUUCCUGUAACAUUUUUGGAUGCAUUCAAUCUAAUGGAGAUGUGGGUGCAUGUCCAGUUGGUAGCCAUAUUAUCUGUAGGACUAGGAUAUGUCCUCUCAUCUGGGCAAUGAAAUGUUGUCAGCAGUGGAGAAAUCCUGUGGAUUGGCAGACUUCCAGGUGGAAAUGAAAAAAUCUGCCCAUGCGGAUUAUGGGAACUGCUACAAUGUAGGACACUGUGAGCCUUCUUCAUUCUCUUCUCGACCCCGUGUGUGUUGAUGCCAUCACCAGUGUACUGAUGCAGACACACCAGGGGGGCCCUGUUUUUUUUUUGUUUUUUUUGUUUUUUUAAGAGAACAAUAUGAGGCCUUCAAAAAAAAAGAGAACAAAAUAACAACCAACAAUGAAAUAUGUGUAUGUUUGAUAUUUAUUUUUUGCAUAAUCUGUAUUUCUGUAUCUAUUUUCAUUGCUGUAACACUGCACAUCUCGAUGUUCCGAAAUGUAAAGUACAAAUUUGCAGUUAAAUUAAAAGAAUCCCACUUGCAUUUACAGAAAUGAUGGAUACAAUAGUUUCUGUAAAAUAUGCAUUGCAGCUUUGUUUUUCCACAUGUCUACAGAAAAGUUUGUCACAGAAUUAAUAAAAAAAACAAAAUCA